UCCGGCGGGGUUGGGUGACGUCACGGUGGUGGCGGUCCCGGUCGGUGUCGGUGAUGGAGCUGGAGGACGGAUUGGUGUAUCAGGAGGAGGCCGGGGCCUCGAUGUCGGAGCGGGUCUCCGCCCUGGCGGCCUCCAUCUACCGGGAGAUGGAGCGGCUGAUCGGGCGCUAUGACGAGGAGGCGGUGAAGGAGUUGAUGCCGCUGGUGGUCGCCGUGCUGGAGAACCUGGAGGCGGCCUGUACCGAGAGACACGAGCAGGAGGCCGAGCUGGAGCUCCUCCGAGAGGACAACGAGCAGCUCAUCACCCAGUACGAGCGCGAGAAGGCGCUCCGGAAACACGCCGAGGAGAAAUUUAUAGAAUUUGAAGAUGUACAAGAGCAGGAUAAGAAGGAGCUUCAGACUCGUGUGGAAAAUCUGGAAUCCCAAAUCCGGCAACUGGAGCUGAAAGCAAAGAACUCCACUGAUCAAAUUAGUCGCUUGGAGGAGAGAGAGGCAGAGCUGAAGAAAGAAUAUAACGCCCUCCACCAGCGACAUUCAGAGAUGAUCCAUAAUUACAUGGAACACCUGGAACGUACCAAACUGCAGCAGCUAAUGUCGUCCGACCAACUGGAAUCUACCAUGCAAAACAGAAUUAGGAAGGAGCGCCCCAUCUCUCUGGGAAUUUUUCCUCUUUCUCCCGGAGAUUCUCUGGUGGUACCGGACACCCGCGGUGCAGAGACGCCCGGAAAUGGCCCCUGGAAGGUCCACGACCAGAACCACGCACGCUGCAACACCAGCUUAAAGGAUGAGCUGUUGACUAUCAGCCAAACGGGGAGCAAAAGCGGGAGCUCGGAAUCUGACAACAUGGUGCACCCAACGUCCAAAGAUCAGAAGGAUGAAGUGAUCAUGAGGGCCAACCUUCAGAACAACAAUGUACAGAAGAACAGGAAAAAUGAGGAUGUCCAGGUCAACCAGGAGAUGACUUCUGCCUCUACAGACACCAAUGACAAUGAGGAGAAGUCGGAGGUUCAGUCUAUUAUCGAGUCCACGCCAGAGCUGGACAUGGACAAGGAUCCAAAAUCUCAUCACCUGACCAGUACUCCCACCAAAGGUAUAGAAAAUUUAGCCUUCGACCGCAACACUGAUUCCCUAUUCGAGGAGUUGUCCUCUGCAGGGACGGACCUCAUCGGAGACGUGGAUGAAGGGGCUGACUUGUUAGGAAUGGGGCGAGAGGUGGAAAAUCUUAUCCUGGAGAACACACAGCUCCUGGAAACAAAGAAUGCAUUGAAUGUGGUGAAAAAUGACUUGAUUGCCAAGAUGGACGAGCUGAUGUGCGAGAAGGACGUCUUGCAGGGUGAGCUGGCCUCCAUCAAACAGACCAAACAGAAGCUAGAGGAGAAGAACAAGGAGCUUGAGGAGGAGCUGAAAAAGGCGAGGGCGGAAGCGGAGGAGGCAAGACAGAAAUCGAAAGAUGAGGAGGAUAGCGACGUACCCACAGCUCAGCGGAAACGAUUCACACGAGUGGAGAUGGCGCGGGUUCUAAUGGAGAGGAAUCAGUAUAAGGAGAGACUAAUGGAGCUGCAGGAGGCAGUCCGCUGGACGGAAAUGAUAAGAGCAUCCAGAGAGAAUCCGGCCAUGCAGGAAAAAAAGAGGUCCAGCAUCUGGCAAUUUUUCAGCCGCCUGUUCAGCCCUUCCGGCACUGCUUCUAAGAAACCCGACCUCCCUGUCAACGUCCGAUACAACGCCCCAACCUCGCACAUCACCCCCUCCAUCAAGAAGAAGAGCAGUGCCUUAACCAAACUCCCCGGCGACAAGUCCAAAGCCUUCGACUUUCUUAGUGAUGAUAACGAAGCCUCUGUGGCCUCCCGGAGAGAACAGAAGAGAGAGCAAUACCGCCAAAUGAAAGCGCACGUCCAGAAGGAAGAUGGCCGCGUUCAGGCAUUCGGCUGGAGUCUUCCUCAGAAGUACAAACCGCUUGCCAACGGCGGACAAGGCGAAGGCAAGGUGAAGAAUUUGCCAGUUCCAGUAUACCUGAGGCCGCUGGAUGACAAGGACACUUCGAUGAAGCUUUGGUGUGCGGUCGGUGUUAACCUAUCUGGCGGAAAGACCAGAGAUGGCGGCUCAAUUAUUGGAGCGAGUGUGUUCUAUAGCGACCUCCCGGGCUCGGAUGUGGAUGACCAGAAGCCGCGCAGUGAGUCGCAGAGCAGUUUAGAGAAACUAGAACAAGAGUUGAAGGUCCAGCAGAAAGAGUUAAGGCACCAAGACGAAUUGUCCAGUCUGGUGUGGAUCUGCACCAGUACACAUUCCUCCACCAAGGUCAUCAUCCUUGACGCCAAUGAACCCGGAAAGGUGUUGGAUACUUUUAUAGUUUGCAACUCGCACGUACUGUGCAUCGCCAGUGUGCCAGGAGUUAUGGAAACAGACUACCCCACAGGAGAUGCCACCAAACUAGAUGCAGACUCUGGGCAGGCAGACAAAUCUUCCUUAUCCGAGAGCCUAGUAAGCAGUACCUCUUCCUCGGAGCAGCCAGUGGGGGGCGUCAGAGUUACGGUUACCUCUGUGGAGGAAUCGGAGCCCCUCUCGCCACAAACCAGCAGUGUUCUCUCCACCGACGCUGAGUGCAAUCCAGAUCUCGAGUCGACCAAUGCUGAGCUGGAUGAUAAUGUGCCCACAGCGGAGGAAGCUACAGAGGCCACAGAGGUGGGAGACGUCAGCACAGAUGAUGUGGCAGAUAUUCAGGUCGGGAUCUAUACAGAACACGUCUUCACGGACCCUCUAGGUGUACAGAACACAACUGACGACUCCGGCUGCCAGCCCAACAAUGAGUCGGACCUGUACAGAGACGGAGUGGCGACUCUUCCCAGCGAGCAGGACCUGAUGCGAGAGGAAGCCCAAAAGAUGAACAGCCUGCUGCCGACAAUGUGGCUGGGAGCACAAAAUGGACACCUGUAUGUACAUUCGUCUGUCGCCCAGUGGAAGAAGUGUCUGCUCCAGAUAAAACUAAAAGAUUCCAUUCUCAGUAUUGUCCAUUUGAAGGGGAUUGUAUUGGUGGCACUGGCUGACGGGACGCUGGCGAUCUUCCAUCGAGGAGUCGAUGGCCAGUGGGAUCUAUCCAACUAUCACCUCCUCGAUUUUGGCCGUCCUCACCACUCUAUCCGAUGUAUGACAGUAGUCCAUGAAAAGGUCUGGUGUGGAUACAGGAACAAAAUCUACAUUGUGAAUCCAAAGACGAUGAAAAUUGAGAAAUCUUUUGAUGCUCAUCCGAGGAAAGAGAGCCAAGUGAGACAGCUGGCUUGGAUCGGCGACGGCGUUUGGGUUUCCAUCCGGCUCGACUCAACGUUGCGGUUGUACCAUGCGCACACCUACCAACAUCUGCAGGAUGUGGACAUUGAGCCCUAUGUUAGCAAAAUGCUGGGCACUGGAAAGCUGGGAUUCUCGUUUGUUAGGAUAACGGCCUUGAUGGUAUCUUGUAACCGGCUGUGGGUAGGGACUGGGAAUGGUGUCAUUAUCUCCAUACCCCUGACUGAAACCAACAAAGCCUUACCAGGCUCCGGGAAUCGUCCAGGGAGCGUGAUCCGAGUCUACGGCGAUGAGAACAGUGAUAAGGUGACCCCCGGAACGUUCAUACCGUACUGUUCUAUGGCACAUGCACAGUUAUGUUUCCACGGUCACCGCGAUGCCGUCAAGUUCUUUGUUGCAGUACCAGGUCAGGUGAUCUGCCCGUCCAGUGGUGUCACGCCAGAUGCAGCCGGAGAGAAAAGUGCCGCCGCACAGCAGGAGCUGAGUAAUCAAAAGUCCAUGUUGGUGAUGAGCGGAGGAGAGGGGUACAUCGAUUUUAGGAUGGGUGAUGACGCAACGGAUUCUGAACAUCUAGAAGAAUCUCUGCCGUUCGAUCCUUCCAUGGCCAAAGUGGAGAGAAGCCACCUCAUCGUCUGGCAGGUUAUGUGCAACGGCAGCAGCGAGUGAAGGAAACGGCCUUGGAACUCGGAAGGACUUUUUUUUUGCAUGAUGUAUUUUUCCAUCUUUUUUUCUACUCUGAAUUAUUUUAUCAACUAUUUUAACAUUUCGACUGUGUGUAUAUACGACCCUCACAAACCUAUUGAAAUGCAUCGUUCUGGCGCAGGAACUUGUGCGUUUUUUUCUGGGCGUGGAUUCCGAGUGGAUACUUCAGCCAUCUUCAUUUUUUUAUUUUAUUUGCACUGCAGUUUCUGAUUUUUGGCGUUCAAUGCCUGCUCACCGCCCCUUAUUAACGAUAACAAGCUCCGUCAUUGUGUACUCUGUACGGAUUUGCCAGCGUUUUGCCAUCUCGCAAUUAACAUAUCCGCGGCGGGACAUCUGCUCCCGAAUUAAACUUUCUGAAAACCGAAUUGGUGGCAUGAAGUUAGUGGCUUUCAUGAUCCAUAUUGGUUGAGUAUUUAAGGAAAACUCCUCCUACUGUAACUGUUCUGGCUGUAUGAAUUCCAUUUUUUUUUUCCUUUUA